CAUUGAGCAGAGCAUUGAGCAGAGGGUUGAGAAGAUCCUUUCGGAAACUCCCUUGAUAGAUGGACACAAUGACUUGGCUAUCUUCAUCCGUUCCAUGUACAAUAACCAUAUCUACAAUGAGAACUUCUCAAGGCCGUUUGAAGAGGGCGGACUCCCAAUGCAUGUCGACCUGCCCAGGUUGAGGGAAGGCCAUAAUGGAGGUGCCUUCUGGAGUGUCUUCACGCCAUGCCCUGCUAAUGGCACGGACUACUCGGAUGAAAACUAUGCCUCUAGUGUCCAACUGACCCUCCAGCAAAUCGAUCUUAUGACCCGGCUACAGAACGCCUAUCCCGAGGACUUCUCCGGCAUCCCAAUAGACUCUAAGUCCGCCGUGGCAGCAUGGGAGAAGGGCAAGCUCAUCUCGCCUCUGGGAAUCGAGGGUCUUCAUCAGAUUGGUAACUCGGUAGCCAACUUACGGCGAUUCUACGCGCUGGGCGUCCGCUACGCUACCUUGACGCACAACUGUGGAAACAUAUUUGCUGAUGCGGCUCUCUGGGAGAACCCCUUCCGCAAAGCUCCUCCGGUGUGGAAUGGUGUUUCGCCCAAGGGCAGACAGCUGAUCAAUGAGAUGAACCGUAUCGGCAUGCUGGUCGAUCUGUCUCACGUCAGCGCCGAUACCAUGAGAGACGUCCUCGGCGGCCGCAAAGAAUGGGCGGGCAGCAAAGCUCCCGUCAUGUUUAGCCACAGCUCUGCCUACGCCAUUUGCCCGCACCCGCGUAACGUCCCAGAUGACGUACUCCGUCUCGUCAAGAAGAAGAACUCAAUUGUCAUGGUAAACUUCUCACCGGAUUUCAUCAGCUGUAUCGACAAAGGCGCCGAGAGCGGCGUUCCCGAGUUCUACCCUGACAACAGCACCCUUUCGCAGGUAGUUAGUCAUAUUACCUAUAUCGGCAAUCUGAUAGGGUACGACCACGUCGGCUUGGGAAGCGACUUCGAUGGUAUCUCGUCUACUCCCGAGGGCUUGGCCGACGUAUCUAAGUAUCCGGAUCUUGUUGCGGAGCUGCUCCGGCGAGGAGUUUCGGACGAAGACGCCGCUAAAGUCGUAGGCGGAAACAUACUGCGCGUCUGGGGUGAUGUCGAGAAGGUAGCUGCGAAAUUGCAGGCAAAGUGGGAGCCGGUAUUGGAAGAUGAUUUAGGUCGCUUGUUUGAAUAAAGGGGAUGUGUAACGUACCUAGGUAUAUAGCUUUUUGGUUAUACCAAGCCAUUGACAAUCUAUCAUAUACAUAUAGCUGCCGUCUGUGAGUCUUUUUUAGGUAGCUAAUGCAAUACAGAUAUUCAAAAUGAG